AUGAACAUCGAAAAAAGUUCCGAAGGAGCCGUUAUUCUCGAUUAUAAUGAUCUUUUGACAAAUGUUAACGUCUCAGAUGCUAUUGAAGAAGCAUUUGGAACCCAUUCACAUUGCCUCGGUAUUGUAUUAGUCAAAAAUCUACCUAACGACUACGCUGAGAAACGUACUCGCUUAUUGC